AUGAUGACAUUGAAAAAAUUUAGAUGUCAAGUGAGAUUCUCAUUUGUAUCACUGUUUUGGUUUAACCUCUGUGCUCAAUCUGAAACUACUCCGGAUUUCUCGGGAUACCUUCUGAAAAUUCUACAGAACCAUACAGCUCAUGCGUGUGAUGGAGAUCGUCUGUCAGUAAGCUGCCCACCUCAGACAUCCAUUAGCAUUCUAUCUGCUUUCUAUGGUCGCCGUGUCCCCAGUGAACAUUUGUGUCCCAGUAAAAGGAACUCUUCUGCUGAAAGCACCAAUUGUGCUGCCCUCACUGCUAUACCGAAAGUAUAUGAUGAGUGUCAGGACCUACGCUCCUGCCAGUUUUCAGUCAACAGUCGGAUUUUUGGACUUGAUCCCUGUCCUGGGACCAACAAAUAUCUGAUUGUUUCAUAUAAAUGUAAACCUGAUGGACAUGAAAGCAAAUUUGCAUGUGAAAAUGAGGAUCUACAACUCCAGUGUAAGAACCAAACUAUCCUUGUCAUUUAUGCUGCAAGCUUUGGACGAGUCCUCCAUGGGAAUACGGAAUGCCCCUCUGUGAACAGUACAACACCAGAUAUUGAGUGCUUGUCACCUACAGCUCUGAGGCAAAUGUCAUCGAGGUGUCACGGCAAACCGAAUUGUUCGAUUGUUGCCAGUGUUCUGAGUUUUGGUGAUCCGUGUUUCCCUGGAGUCCGCAAACAACUCCAAGUAUCAUACACAUGUGUUCCAAAAAAGCUGUUUGAAGAAACUGGUCAAGGAGCAGUGAAGCCAUUCCUAAUAUCAGAUUAUACUCAUGGUGGUUGGUAUAAUGGCCCAAGAAUAUCCAGGCUUUAUGCCAAAGAUGUCGUGAUUGUUAGCAGUUCUCUGGCCACUUUUGCCCACCUUAGGGGUCUCCCAGAGAAGGUGGCCCUGUACUUUGUGUCAGGCGUUUGUUCUGGCUUAGUAUUCACCCUCUGUGCUUUUGGAUUUCAUGUGUUGGUGAGACAAGAUCUUAGGAAGCUCCUCAGAGAGCCAGAAGACAACCAGGAGUGUGAAAAUGGACACACCAAGAUUUCAGAUGACAAUGAUGAUGAUGAUGCUUCCUCUGAUGUCUCAUUUAGACGGUUAACCAGACAAUACAGGACCUCAGACAAUAUCUUCAGCCCUGAGGUAGCAGCUGUGAUGGCGGACAGAGAUGAACAGAAAGAACAACGGGACAAGGAAAUGUGGCUGAAUAAGGAAUCCAGUCCCUAUGCAAUCCAGAACCUGAAUCAGCAUCCAAGCUGA